AUGGGUUGUUCAUAAACUAAAGCAAGAUCUGUAAUAUCAAAAAAGAUUCCAGUAUCAAUUUUAAAAAAGAAAGCUGACGAAAAGUUAAAUCAAACUUUAUACAAUUCUGAGGAAAUCGAGUAAAUCGGUAAAAAAAUUUAUGAUUGUUAAAAUUCUUAAAUUUAACAAUACAAUGUAUCUCAAAAUCCAAUUCUAAGAAGGAGAUAAGGAUCCAUAAGUGAAAAUUGA